UUCAAAUGUUACUUCAAGUCUUGUCCAUAGCUGGAGGAUGCAGUACGUAUGCGCUAACCCUAAACUACUUAGCGUGCUUGGCACCCAGAAAGUCGGAAAGAGCUUCGAAAGCUUCCGACUUCUCGAACUCCACCGACGUCCACAGCCAUCCAACAAACAACAACACGUCGCAGCAACACAACGUCGCAAUGGCUGACAAGAUGGAGGGUGUGACUGGCGGUGGUCAUGCUGUUGACCCCAGCAACUAUCCUGUGCCAAUCGAAACCAUCUGGGUUGGAAAUCUCGAGGAGCGCGUCAAGAUCCCCACGCUCAAGGCGGCUCUUACCGUUGUCUUCAAGCGUUUCGGACCAAUCGUUGAUAUCAUCGCUAAGACCAGCCUCAAGCGCAAAGGUCAGGCUUUCGUUGUCUUUGAUAGCGAGAAGUCUGCCCUCGAAUCUGUCGAACUCAUGGACGGAUUUCCCAUGUACGGAAAGGAGAUGAAAGUCCAGCGAGCCAAGACACACAGCGAUGCAACUGUCAAGUCCAAAGCGGCCGACAUGUUUGAUGAUCACAAGCGCAAGCGCCUCAUGCAGAAAGAUUUCAAGCGUGCCAAAGAGGACGCUGAGGCAGCCGCCAACCCCGCUGCCGCUGAGAAGCCACGCACUCUCAAGUCUGCCAUCUCCGUCAUUCCCGACGAAUAUGUGCGCCCCAACAAAGUCUUGUUCCUGCAGAAUCUUCCGGAUGAUAUCGAUGAGGACAAUUUGACUACCAUCUUUGAACGCUUCGAGGGCUUCAAGGAAAUCCGCUACCUGAGCGUCAGGGCUGUUGGUUUCGCCGAAUUCGAGAAUGAGCAGUACGCCAUCACAGCCAAAGAGGCUACCGCCAACAUGCCUGUCGGUGCUGGCAAACGCCCAAUGAAGGUCUCAUACCAGCGCGAGUAG